AUGGCAGAGGAGUUCCGCCGUGCCCGGCGUGGCGGGCAGCGUUUGCCUCGCUGCCAGGGAGCCGGAGAGGGCGAUGGCGUCUUCCAUCGCCAGCACGGUCUUCCCAGAGAUUUGCACCCCUUUGCCCCAUCCUUCUUGCACCGCAGGUCACUGAGCACUUCCACAUGGCGGCUGGCACAGGACCAAACUCGAGACACGCAACUCAUCACAGUUGAUGAAAAAUUGGAUAUCACUGCUUUAACUGGUGUUCCAGAUGAGCACAUCAAAACCAGGAAAGUUCACAUUUUUGUUCCAGCACGUAAUGCAAUGCAGGCAGGAGUUAACAAUACAAAGAAAUGGAAGAUGGAAUUUGAUAACAGGGAGCGCUGGGAGAACCCUUUAAUGGGCUGGGCAUCUACAGCUGAUCCUUUAUCCAACAUGGUUCUUACUUUCUCUACUAAAGAAGAUGCCAUUGCCUUUGCUGAAAAAAAUGGCUGGAGCUAUGAUGUUGAAGAGAAGAAGAUUCCAAAACCUAAAUCCAAGUCUUAUGGUGCAAACUUUUCUUGGAACAAAAGAACAAGAGUGUCUACAAAAUAGGUUGGCAUUGGCUGUCUGACUGUGAAUAAAGUCAGCUGUGCCGUAUUUAUAGUCCAUGUAUAAUACAUCUCUUAAUCUCCUAAUAAAUUUGACCUUUAAACUACA